AUGAUCCGGAUUCAAAACUACAUGUCCUGCGAUAUGAUCCGGAUUCAGACCUACAUGUUCUGCAAUAUGAUCCGGAUUCAGAACUACAUGUUCUGCAAUAUGAUCCGGAUUCAGAACUACAUGUUCUGCGAUAUGAUCCGGAUUCAGACCUACAUGUCCUGCAAUAUGAUCUGGAUUCAGACCUACAUGUCCUGCAAUAUGAUCUGGAUUCAGACCUACAUGAAGACCUACAUCCAAGCAAAGAUGGACGCCAUGGGAGAAGAAGUCAGUACCGAAGUCUGUUUCCUCAACACGGGUCUGUCCACGGCCAUGUCUCUGGGCCUGAGGACCCUCUCCCAUAGUGACUCCUAUACCUGGGCCCAGAACAACAGCAGCAAACUACGAGGCAGUCUCCAGUGCUCUCAACACAAACACAGAAAGCAACGCCCCGUGACCAAUAAGAUACAGUGUAUGACUCAGUUAUGUACGCCUCCACGAAUCUCCAGGACCUUAUCGAUGGGAAGGAACCUGUCGUAUAUCGCCAACGAGAAGCGUCACAUAGAGUUGAUAGAGCUGGAGAACGAUGGGAAGGGGCUGGGCUUCGGCAUUGUAGGGGGUCGAUCCUCUGGAGUCCUGGUCAAAACCAUCCUACCAAGUGGCCCUGCUGGACUGGACAAGCGUCUGCGUAGCGGAGACCACAUCCUGCGUAUCGAGGACACAGACCUGGCGGGCAUGGGCAACGAGGAAGUGGCUCACGUUCUCCGCAACGCAGGGUCAAGGGUCAAACUGCUGAUUGCUAGGGACGUCGCGGUCUCCACGGGAACCAACGACCUCUCCCUCUCCUCCCCCCCGCUCCCUCUCCUCGUCCAGCAACAACAGAGGGUGGCCAGGAUGGGCAAACAGCUGUGUGAUGUGGAGGAGGACUUUGAGUACAGUGUCCAGUUCAGCAAGAACAACAGGGGCCUGGGAUUCACUGUCACCAGCUCCAUAGGGGAGCAGAACUCUGGGGUGCAGGUGAAGAGCAUUGUGAAGGGCAGCUCUGUGGACCAAGCCAGUCAGAUACACAUCGGAGACAAGAUCUUAGCUGUGGAUGGUGUCAGCCUGCAGGGCUGCAGUGAGCAGAGAGCCCUGGAGGUCCUCAGGAAGACAGGCCAGAUAGUCAGACUGAGGCUGAUGAGGAGGGCCUGUAGGAUGGGUAAAACCAUGAAGUAUCCCCCUCCUCCCCUGGAACCCUACGUCGUCACCCGUACAGAGACAGGGAAACAUGACAAGACAGACCAGACUGGUGUCAUCAACAGAGGAAAACAAAUGUCUCUGCGUGAGAUGUCCAGAAGAGCCAGUAUGAUGUACUCUGAACAACGACUAGACGCCAGAACCGGUGUGAGUGUUGACGAGGAUAAGGAUGGGGAUCACUCUGUCAUGCUGAUUGAGUUCGCUUUACAGACAGGAAGCUUCAAAAGGAGGGUAUGUCAGCUGGAGAGGUUCAGUGAGACCAGUGGUCUUGGCAUCAGCACAGAGGCCAGGGCAGGACACCACUACCUGUGCUCCGUCUUACCUGAGGGGCCCGUCGGACAGAGCAGGAAGAUACACCCUGGAGACCAGAUACUGGAGGCGAAUGGUAUCCCUCUGAUAGGAGAGACUCACAGAGAGGUGAUCAGCGUUCUGAGAGAGCUGCCUCUGUGUGUCUGUAUGGUGUGUUGCCGCGUCGUGCACCCACAGCUACGGGACAGUGACCACGACGAUGAUGAUGAUGAAGAUGUACAGCUCCCCCUCAAAGAGCUACUGGCUGAGUUCAACGGCAAGUCCCAGUAUGACCAGCCCUGCUGUCUACUUCCUGGUUGUAACAACAUGGAUUGUGGGAGUCGUGGUUUUAAUAAGCCUGUGUCUCCUCCUCUGGCCAUGUGGGAGAGAGACAGUCAGGUGAUAGAGCUGGUGAAGGGAGAGGAAGGCCUGGGAUUCAGCAUCCUAGACUACCAGGACCCAGAGGACGACUCCAAGACUGUCCUGGUAAUCCGCUCCCUGGUCCCCGGUGGCGUGGCCGACUCAGACGGACGCCUGCUGCCCGGUGACCGGCUCAUGUCCGUCAACGACGUGGACCUGGUCCGGUCGACGCUGGGGCACGCCGUGCACGUCCUCAAAACCACCGGCUACGGGGUCGUGCGCAUCGGCGUCGCCAAGCCGCUGCCG